AUGAAUUACUCGAACAUGAUAGAGGAGAAAAACCUCAAAAAAGGAUUCAUUAUCGCGACACUGGCCUCAACCAUCAUCGGCACAUUUACAGCAACCUUGGCAUUACACGACAAAAUCAAAGAGCGAACGGCCAAGCAAAAGGCAACAGACGGGCAGCAGAAUGAAGAGUUGAAGCAGCUCAAGGAGCAAAUUGAGAAGCUCACAAGUCAAAAAGAAGAGGAAGAUAAGAAAGAUGAAGAAAAGGCGCCUACUUCACGGUCCAGGUCACGGUCCAGGUCCCGGUCGCGGAGCAGUCGAAGAAGACGCAGGCGGACCUACAACUACGACUCGGAUGAUGGCCCGGAGGACUAUGCCAUGAUCCAGCACGUCGUGGUCGGGGUGAUCCAAGACGCCUUGCGCAAGAAUCCGAACUUGAGCGAGGCGGAUGUGCAGAAGCUUGUGAUAGCCGCGGAAGAAGCUGCUCGGGAUGGCACCGUAGAGACACUGCAAGGUCACUAUCAAAGAUUGGUAUUACCUGCUCAGAAGCAGCUGCCCCCUGAUGAACAGCACAAAAAUCUUCCCAUUCCGCUGGACUUGCCGAAGGGCCAGAGACCGUCGCAAGAACGGCCACUUAGUGAUGUGGGACGACUGCCUCAGACUCGAUCCUACCAUCCCGCAAGUGUCGCUGGAUCCCGUCGGUACGACGGCCACUAUGCCAAUCUUCCCGACGUGGACUUUGAUCACAGACCUGGACUUGGUCGACACCUGGAGGAGCGCACCGCUGUAGGACCAGUGCCUCCCACGCCAGGUCCACUACCGAGGGCUCCCUCACAAAGAGCGAACUCUCUACCGGCGGACCCUCCGGCCCCGGCGCCCACGCAAAAGGCGGCAUCUCAAAAAGCGCGAACAGUAUAUUCAGAUCCUUUCGAACAAUUCCAAAAGAUCCCUCAUGAACGACACGCACAAAAGCAAGGCUCAGUUGGAACAGAUCCCUACGCGACCUUGCCGGCUAUUCCCAUACAACAAAUUCCCAAGCGCGAUGAGAAAGACAGCAAGUCGACCAAAGCUGAGGCACCCAAGUCACGAGCGCCUUCGCAGCCUGCACCAAGCGAACGCAAGCCUGCAUCGCACAAGACCGAGGCCAGUAAGCCAAGAUCUCUACCUCACCACCCGGACUGGCAGCCGCCGCCUAAGGAGAAGUACAAUGAUCCCUUUGGAGGAGCGAAAUCAGUCAAGGCAUCGACGCAUGCCGCAAAAAGUGUUGCCCCUGCAAAGUCAGAGGCUGUGAAGUCGGAAAAGAAAGCCUCGAUAAAAGACGAAGCCCCGAAGAGCAAGAGCGUGGCGACAGUCAUCGAUGGCGAACCUGUCCGAUCGCAGCAUCCCGCCAAGUCUGAGGGACACCCGUCCAGAUCUGCAGCACCCAAGUCUGAAGCACCAGCCAAGUCUACAGCUGCCAAAUCUGGAGCUCACAAGUCCGAGGCGCCCAAAUCUACAGCCCAUAAGUCAGAGGCACCCAAGUCCGUAGCGCCCAAGUCCGAAGCACCACCCAAGUCAACAAAAGGCGAACCUCCCAAAUCGACGAAGACGGAACGUCCAAAAUCGCGGACCGGUUUCGUCGCACCGAUGCCAAUCCCAGCUCCACCCCUCGGCCCCGCCGCCGUAACGCCUCCCAAACCCCCUCCGACCCUCCGCUCCCACCACGCAAAACCCGCCCCCAUCGUCGAAGAGAAAAUCAAAGAAGUCCGCGAAAUCCGACGCACCUCCCCACCCAAAGCCCUCCCCGCCCCACCCAACAACGACCUCUUCUGCCGCUACGCCACAGACCUCCAAACAACCCCCCUCCCUCUGCACCCCAACUUCUCCUCCUCAGGCUCCCACCGCUGUCCCUCCUGCAGUAUCAGCAUCCCAGUCGACACCCGCGAUGUCUGGGUCCUCAGCACCGCUUUUUCUGCUUCUCCCUCCGGUCGUCCGAAGAAACGGGAUUAUAGAAUGGACGCUCGGUUCGUGGCGAAAUGUCAUACGGAAGAUGGGAAGUUUGCUUGUGUACUUUGUGAUCGGUAUCGAGAGAGAGAUUGUAUUUGUAAGAGUGUUGAUGCGCUUGUGAAGCAUUUGGGGACGGAGCAUACGCCUGAGGAAUUUGAGGGGGAUGCGGAUUUGGUGAGGAUGGAGGAGGGGAGGAGGGUUGUUAGAGGGAGGAGGGGUGGGGAGAUGGCGUUGGCUUGA